CAUUGAAAAGCAAUAAGUAAUACCUAGGGUAAAUAAAAAAAGGUUAAUGAGGUUAUUCACUGAAGCAAAAAGAACGUGCAAUUAAGUAUUAAUAUUAAAUAUAUAAUUAUAAAAAUAAGUGUUGUUUAAAAAUAUGGCUGAUGUACCAAUAAUUGAUUUGGGUUCGAUGACACGUAAAAUGUCAUACGGUUUCAACAAUCGGUUCAAUGGAGUCGAAGGUAAAACUCCAUUUCUUAUCGGAGUGUCUGGUGGAACUGCUAGCGGCAAGUCGACGGUCUGCAAGAGAAUAAUGGAAAAGUUGGGCCAAGUGGACAUGGAUCACACGGAGCGGCAAGUCGUUUGUAUUUCCCAGGAUUCAUUUUAUCGGGACCUUACUCCUGCUGAAAAAGUAAAGGCCGAGAAAGGACAAUUCAACUUUGAUCAUCCCGAUGCCUUUGACAAUGAUCUCAUUCUGUCGACUCUCCAAGAUAUUCUUGCUGGAGUAAAGUGCGAAGUUGCUACUUAUGAUUAUAGGACCAAUAGCUUACUGAGAGACCAGACGACAACAAUUUAUCCCGCAGACGUCGUUUUAUUUGAAGGAAUUCUCGUGUUCUACUUUCCCAAAAUUCGUGAUCUUUUUCACAUGAAGCUUUUUGUUGACACAGACUCAGAUACACGACUUGCACGUCGCGUUCCUCGGGAUAUUAAUGAACGUGGUCGUGAUCUUGAGUACGUGUUGAACCAGUACAUGAAUUUUGUAAAACCAGCCUUCGAAGAAUUUUGUCUGCCCACUAAAAAAUUUGCUGACGUUAUUAUUCCUCGCGGUGCUGACAAUACAGUGGCGAUAGACCUUAUCGUGCACCACAUCUGGGACAUUUUGCAUUCAAAAAAAAUGAAUGGAGCUGAAAUGGCACCAGUGCCCGGGCAGCAUCCAUAUCUUCAUCGUAGGCGCAUUUCUACAUCAUCAGACACCCUCAGCAGAUGAUUUAUUUUAUUAUUAUUUUAUAUUAUAUCAUAAAUUUAAACAGAAACGGCAUGUCAUUUCAUCGCAUCCAUCAUUUAAAUUUUCUUUACAAUAUUUGUAAUUUUUAAUAAUAAUAAUAAUAAUAAUUAUUUAUUAUUACUGGUGGUAACAUUUAUAAUUAUGUACAGUUCACAGUAAUAAAACGUAUAAAAAACAUUA